CGCGACGCACGUCGGUACAAACUUUUUUUUUAUUCGUUAUUGUAAUAAACAAUCGUUUACUUUUUUUUUUGAAAACGAAAACUUACGUUUAAAGUUCAAUUGCAGUGACUGAAUGUUGGAUUUGAAUUUUGUAUGUGCUUAAAAAGUUUGUUAAGCAACAAAUUGACAAGUGAACAUGUGUUCUGUGCUUUAUUUAUUAUUAUGCGAAUGGAUUGCUACCGCUGCGAUACACUUAGUUUGACAUAAGAUGACCUAGCAAAUCGAGGUGGACAUUACAAUACAGGUGGUUGUGAUGCUGUAAUUUUUUAGUGGUGCAAAACAAAAGAAUGGUGCAAGAAAGCAGAACGUCGAUAAAGAAUGAAGGUUACAACGAUAAAGAUCAAUAAGAGAAUGAUAAUGAAGAAGAAAAUGCAUAACAUACGAUUAGAGUUGACUUGAUUGGUGCUAAAGAAAGAGACUUAGGUGUUAUAAGUGGAAUCGGUGAUUUUAAAUUUGUGUGUGGAGAACUAGAUGAUGUUAAAGUGUUAGGAUUUUGAAUGAUGCCUGAUCGGGAAUCGGUGGGCGGUCCUGGGACUGCGGGAAGUGGUAGUUUCUUGCCUCUUCAGUUCCCGUCGGCGUUUGCAGCCUUCCAUGCCUCGACCCCGCCUGGGGCACCGGCUACGGCGAUGCACCACGCCACGCAUUAUCAUCAUCAUGCGCAACUGGCUGCGGCUGCAGCAGCGGCGGCGGGGGCCACGACGGAGCUGAGCUACCUCGCGGCGCUCCACCCCGCGUACCGGCCGGUGCCAUACGACCAUCCGCUGUACGGCGCCAACACUCUGAGAGGUCUAGAAUACCUAAGUGCUGCACGCAGUCUUCAUCCAGAAUUGCACGCGGGCAGCACCCUCGCCAGUCAAGACUUCCAACUUAGUUUAGAAGGUUCAAGAAUCGCCUCCCCGACCAGAUUAAGACUAUCUGGAGGUGCUCUAGGAGCAUCGGCUAACCGCAAGCGAGCGGUGUCAUGGAGUCCAUACUCCGCUGAGUCUUUGGACUUGGCCGCCGUCAUCAGAGCUUCGCCUGCCAGUUUGGCUGUCAGAGCGCCUUCGGCUGCCUCCACGGGGAGCUAUGGUCACCUUAGUGCUGGGGCAAUAUCACCAGCUCUAUCUCUUUCCCACGCGUCGCUCGCGCAGCAGCUCCUAGCGCGUGGGGGAGUGGUCGGGGGGAGCGGGGUGCUGGCGGGAGGGAUGCUGCUGGACCCUGCGCACCAGCAAGCGGCGGCUGCGGCGGCGCAACAUGCCGCGCAUGCGCAUCUGGUCGCCGGCAUUCAUAGAUCUCACAUAUCAUCUCCGACGCAACUCUUGAUGGGUCCCGUGGACAUCCGGUCAGGACUGACCCUCGAUGGCACCCCCCCUCAGCACCUCCAGCAGCCACAACAGCAGCCCGAAGUCACCAGCGUCAUGGAAGCAGACAGCUCUAACAUCCAGAGAAAAUCUCCGCCAAGUGUUAUGAACAGGGAGAUAUACAGUAACAAACCUCUGUCUGCUGCCGCUGAGAGCACGGUCCAUGAUGGGCUGGACUCGAAGGAUGAACCAGGGGAUUUUAUUGAAACUAAUUGUCAUUGGGUGGAUUGUAAGCUGGAAUUUCCAACCCAAGACGAUUUGGUCAGGCAUAUCAACACAGACCACAUACACGCCAGCAAGAAGGCGUUCGUCUGCCGCUGGGUCGGCUGCUCCAGGGAUGAGAAACCCUUCAAAGCUCAGUACAUGCUGGUGGUGCAUAUGAGGAGGCAUACUGGGGAGAAACCUCAUAAGUGUACUUUUGAAGGUUGCUGUAAAGCGUACUCCCGAUUGGAGAACCUGAAGACCCAUUUACGGAGUCACACCGGAGAGAAACCCUACACAUGCGAGUACCCUGGGUGUGCGAAAGCUUUUUCCAAUGCUAGCGACCGGGCGAAGCACCAGAACAGAACACACAGCAAUGAGAAACCUUACGUGUGCAAAGCGCCAGGAUGCACAAAAAGAUAUACUGAUCCCUCGUCCUUAAGAAAACACGUCAAGACGGUCCACGGAGCGGAGUUCUACGCCAGCAAGAAGCACAAAGGAUGCAGUAGAGGAGACGAUUCCGCUGAAUCCGGUGGGGGUGGAGCAGGAUCCUCGCCUCGAUCGGAAGAAGGAGGGGUUCCCAUUGGAGUGAGAGGGCACACCUCGUCUGCUUCAGUCAAGAGUGAAAGCCCAGCUUCUCCACUGCCUUUGGGUCUACAUACGCCGGCACAUCAGCUUUCUGCACAAUGCGGCGGCGACAUCGACUUCGGAGGAGCUGGUUUAGGUGGCUUCAGUGACGAGAAUGGAGCUCCUUAUUUCAGACUUGAUGGAGAGGUUGAACAAGAAGUGGUUGGCGAAGUGGGCCAACUACCACUGAUGCUUCGUGCCAUGGUCGCUAUAGGGGAGCCUCGGGCUCACCACCACACGCCUAGAUUCGGGCACAAGAUGGGCAUCGGAAGGGCAUUGAUGCCCCCGGGACAUGCUGAUGUAGGAGGAGGUGGCGUGCCAGGUAGAACUGAGGUUGGCAAUACCAAUGUGGCUGUUGAGCUGAAGACUCUAGCCCCAAACGCAAGGCGGGACUCCGGAAUCUCGUCGGGAAGCAGUUUGUAUAGCGCCAGGUCAUCGGACAUAUCUAGAAAGAGCAGUCAAGCAUCAGUAGUAUCUGGGGCUGUAGCCACUACGACAGGAGUCGCGACACAGAGACUAGUCACCCAGCACACUGCCGUCUAUGACCAGCUGUCUCCAGACAGCAGUCGAAGAUCUAGUCAAGUAUCUUGCUUAGGGUAUGCUCCAGCGCCUUCGUCAGCUCUUGCUGCUGUACAAGCCGUUAGAACAUCCCAAGGCAACCAGGCGGUUCUCCUACGAGGGGUGACUUGUUCCGAAGUCAGGGCUGAGGAGUUAGCCCUCGAGCUUGACCCCAACGUUCAAGUUAAAGAGGAAGCGAGGAGAUUAUCUGAGCAGUCCAACCUUAGUGACCAAACCCAGGCCUACCAGGCGUAUCCUUGCCCAACUGAUGAUGUGGUUGAUCCUUCGUUCCCCUUCAAGACGGAAGACGAACAUGAUACAGUGACAUACAAGGACUCCCGUUCUAACUCCACUUCCACCGUGGUUGUCACCACUGCACAGGUCCACCAUCCCAACCAAGAAGUUAAUCUGGAACAGGUUGCUGAAGGUGAAAUGGUGGAGAACAAGCUGGUGAUACCAGAUGAAAUGAUGCAAUAUCUUAACCAAUCAAUAUUGGGAACCGAAUCGGUAGCACCAGCUAAAACUGACUCCACCAACGCACCGGAAUCCAACGCAGCCAACAAGGACAAUGACCUCGCUACCAAAGAACGUGACAUCCAAAACACAAACAAUUCCAGUGAUAAAAUCGGUGAUGUAGCAACCAGUGACGAUUCCCUACUUAAAAAUCUAGGUGCCAUAGGAAGUGAUCUCAAUAUAAGUGAUAUUCCAGUUGAUUUAAGAUCAUUAGACGUUAGCAUGUCUGGUAAUAGUGGCUCCUUAUUAGCUACAAAAUCUCCUGAUGAUAAAAUAACUUUACAAGAACAAGUAAUACCUGAAAAUGCUGAAAAAUGUGAACAAGACUACAAACCAGUUACAAGUAAUGUUUCAACAAAUCCAUUGCAGUCAUUAAAUGUUUCAACGAAUCCAUUACAGUCAUUACAGAGUAUGGCGGCAAAUCAGACGGAGCAAUCUAAUAGGAUGAGAGUCAAUUCACUAUCUCAGAAGCAAAAUUCCAUGAAUUCUAAAACUAUUGUUAUGAAUAAUCAAACAAUAAUGAGCCCACAAGGUCUACCACACAGUAUGAUGAGUCCCCAAAGUCUUCCUCAUAGUGCAAUGUCUCCUCGGAGUAUAAUGAGUCCACACAAUUUACCCAAUAACGUGAUGAGCCCUCCAAGUGUUUACAACGUUAUGAGUCCACAAAGCGUAAUGAGUGUAAUGUCGCCGCAAUACAGUGCUAUGAGUCCACAGAGUAUGCAAAGUUUAAUGAGUCCUCAAAUGGCGCCAAAUCAAAUAGUGAUGAGCCCUAGGCACAGUAAUAUCGGCAGUCCAUUAUCUCAAAAUAUGUCAAGUCCUAUGGUUAAUAUGGCAAGUUCUGUGUCACAAAAUAUAGCGAGUCCUAUGAGUCAUGGUAUGCCGAGUCCUAUGCAUCCCGGAUUACAAAAUUCAAUGGCCCAAAAUGUAACCAAUCAAAUGGUUCAAAACAUUCCUAAUGUGCCUAUGAACUCUCCUGUUGGUCAGAAUCAAAACAUGAUGAACGUAAACUUUAAUCAAAAUCAACAAAUGCAAGGUGCACCACCGAAUUAUAUGAAUAAUCGGCAAAAUUGCAAUUCAAAAGUACCUAUUAGAAAUAACGUUCCUAAUCAAUACCCAAACCAAAAUUACAAUCCAGUUCCUCCUUAUCCAAUGCAGCAAAAUCAAAUUCCACAACAAAAUGUUAACAUGCACAACCACAAUAUGCAGCAAAUGCAACAAUACCCAGUUAUGCAACAGUAUAAUCAAAAUCAGAUGCCAGUGAUGCACCAGAUGCCUCAAAACUCGAACAUGGCGUAUAACAACCAGGUGACAAACUAUCAUCAGCAGUCUGUCCAGUACCACAAUCAAAACAAUCAAAUACAUCCUUUACAGAUGUCUAGGUCAUCAGGGAUGAGUGUAGACAAUAGUGGUAACAUGAGUAGAGGGACGAUGAACAACUAUUGUGAGCAGCAGAAUCAAAUGCAAAAUCAGUUUAAUCAGAAUAUGCAAUACCCUCAACCACCUCCACCUUACAACCCAGUAGUAAAUGCUGCUAAUGUAAUGGGCCCACCGCCUCCGAAGAACAAUCAUCAGUACAACCAAGCUAUGAUGAACAAUAAUCAAUAUUACAACCACCAGAGGCCUUACAAUCAAUGGGACUACCCAGGCAACCAAUUCAAUAAGCACAACGUCCAAAAGUCCGUUCAAAAUUCAGUAAACAUGUCCACUGGUAGCCAAAAACCUAAUGGCACUCGGAUGUCUAUGAAUUGUAACCAAAUAGCGAAGAAUGGCGACCAGACAGACUGCAGCAUGAAUAGUUUGAGAGGACAGAACAACCAAGCAGAUGUUCAGGUGUGGGACAUCUCGCAAUCACAGAUAGAAGCUACGAAUGGAAGAAAGAAAAAUCAGAAUCAGAGUAGCACAAUGCGUCAGGAAACUUACCAGAGGACGUUGGAAUACGUGGAGAAUUGUGAAAAUUGGAAGAGCUCAGAAAUGGUGUCCAGUAGCACCCACCCGCCCCAAGGAGGUGAUAAUAUGGUUGUGAACGAUCUCCAAACUUCAUUGUCUUCGUUUUAUGAAGAAAACCAGUACCUCCAAUUGAUCCAGUAAGUUGUGUUAGGUCGUGUAAGCUUAUUUUUGUCUAAGUAUUUUGGUGCUGAAAAUGUCAUGUUUUUGUUAUAGUUCAUUAUGUGCCAAAUCACAUUCAUUAUUUUCUAUGUUCCCAGAAUAACCUCUAUAUGUGCAUAUUAUAAAUAUUUUGCCCAUAAAUAUAAUUAAACGUUUUGUGAAACAAUUCUUGAUAUGUAGAAAAUGAGGAAUGUAGAAAUUCUUUGACGGAGACUGACUAUUUUUAAAAUUAUACUAAUGGUAGUAAAUUAAUCAUCCGCUUUGCAAAAGACACGUACAUAGAUGGGUACAGUGUAAAUAUUGUUAAUGUUGCUAUUAAGUCUUCCACGAGUAAAAUUAUUAUUAGAAUAAGCUUUUUCUUAAGUACAGUCAAUCGCAUAUAAAGAGGCGAAUUUGCAUUGAAUUUGGGUCGGUUAAUGUGCUGUUGACUGUUAAUUUACGAAUUAAUUUAAAGUGCCUUUUAAUUAGUGGGCAACAUAGAAAAGGAUACCAUCUUCGUUUGGUUGAUGGUAUAGUUUUCUAUGUGGCCCCGUGUACAUGUACAUAAAACCUUUGUCAACAAGGGAUAAUAUCAGUGCCUCUGAAAUUGUUUACCCUUCGGUAAAAUUAUGACUUUAGUAUUUACGAACUUGGCUUAUGUAAUUUAGAAAUUUUGAGAUUAUUAGUCAUUAAGGAAUUUAAUUGAAAAGUUGUACAAAGUAGAUUUUUUCUAGAAUUUUUACAGUGUUGUUGGAAUUUUGGAAUUAGUGUUACUUAAUUUUAGUUUUAUAAAUCAGAAUGUAAUUAAAGCAAUACGAACUUAUUGUUAUUAAACAGAGAAUCUCUUAGUUUAGACUUUUAUGAGAUUACUAGUAUUAAGAACUUCAGCCUUAUUCAUAAAAAAUCCUAUGUCUCUUAAGAUUCUUUGACGGAGCCUGUGUCUGUUAAGAACGGAUUAACUAAGACGUUGAUUAUGAUUAGAGCAGUGCCUUAAAUUUUGUUAUUCAUAAAACCGUGAAUCGUUAAGUCGUGUCUCAGUUAAGCAUCUCUUAUUUAUUUUUACCCAGGCAACAUCGUGGUAGUUUUUAUCUUUAGUGGUUUAUUUUAUCUGGUAUUGUUCUUACAAAAAGAAAGAAGUAAUGAAUGUCACUGCUACUUUCUUUGACUUCAAUACUUAAUUUUUUACCAAACAUUUAUAAAUAGUUAAGUUUCUUUGUUGCGUUUUGUUUUUAGGUAAGUUGUAAAUUGGUAGCCGUAUGAACAGUGUACUAAUUAAUUCCGGUUUUUUUUUCGACCACUCCAUCUCUUUCCCAUGGAUGUCGUAAAACGCUACUAAGAGAUAGGCUUAUAAACUUGGGAUUCUUCUUUUAGGCGACAGACCAGCAACCUGUGUUUGAAUCUCAAUUCUAUCAUUAUGCUUUAUCAGUCUUUUUAAGACUGUUGGCUUUGUCUACCCCGCAAGAGAUAUGGACGUGAUUAUAUGUAUAUGUGUAUGUAUAAUAUUUUGUUUGACCACUUCUUAAGCAACAAAGCUUUAGCCCUUAAAUAAGCGUCCGAAGCUGUUUAACUAACAGCAAUUUAAGACACUGUUUAAGAAGAUGUUUAACUCUGAACAGCAUUUAUUAAUACGAUUUCUCUUAAGUAUGACUUAAAGUGUGUUUGGAAAUUUAAAUAACGUUUAUGAAUAAGGCUGUGUAGAUAAAUUUUAUUUAAUGAAAUGAAAACGCACAAAUAAAUGUAAUAGAAUGAAAGUACUGUAUUUUGUAAUAAAUUAUUGUUUUAUACUGUUUUUAAGAUUACGCCGAGACAUU